UUUUUCAAUGCAAGAUUUUUUCUUGCAUAAAUUAUGUUCAUGACGUAGUGCAAAAGGCCAAUUUUGUGGCAAUUUUGUCCGACUUUGUAGCUCAAAUAGGAUUUUGUGAGACACGCCAGGGAUUUUUGAUUGUCUGAACUGUUGCAGAAAGGGCAUCGUCAUUAAAUAUUAAGAGAGAAGGAGAUCCUAACAUUGCAACCCUCCUUAUCAAUGCAAAUACCUCUUUUGUGUGCAGUCACAGCGCCUGUCUGGGAGCUGAGAUGAAUUUUUAAUUAUGUGUGACUGAAACAAACUGUGACAAGGACCUUUAUAAGAGCGAGGGAUUACAGAAAAUAAGCUGCAUUUACGCGAAUGCCAGGAAGACAGUGACGGUGGUGGUGCAGCGAGCCAUGAACUCCCAGGAUCUCCCUGCCAAAGAUGCCCCACUUACUGUCAAUGAGCAGGUCAUUGUGAUGUCUGGCCAUGAGACUAUUCGUGUGCUAGAGGUAGAGGUCGAUGCGUCUCUGCCGUCAUCAGUAACUGAUGGGAAGAAUGAAGGCAAAGCUGAGGAGGGAGUGGCUCGGCCUGCAGAGCAACCUGAGCUCGGCAGCGUGCAGGAAGGCCUCGUUGUGCCCCGGAGCACCGGGGGAGCAGUGCUGGGUGAGCAGCAGGUGGUGUCUGUAGAGGCUGCAGCCCCUGCUGUUCAAACGUUGACUCCUGCUGUUCCCGUCAGUGUGUCCCUGCCACAGCCCCAAGCCACCAUGCCCAUCACUGUACAAGGCUGUCCACAGGUGCUGACCCAGGAAAGUUUGGCCACUCUAAUGACUGGUAUGAUGGCACAGACAGGAUCUCUGGGGCAGCCCUUGCUCAUCCCCCUCAGUAUGGCGGGCUCCAUUGGUGGCCAGGGUGGUCUGGCUGUUCUCACCUUGCCUACCACCAAUGUAACUACUCUACCUGGGUUUGCAGCAGCUACCACAGCCGGAAACCUCCUCAAACUGCCCUUCACUGGCCUCCAAGCUGCGACUGUCCUGAACUCGGUCCAGCCCCAAUUGCACACAAAUGCACAGGCGAUGUUCCAGCCUCAAGCUUCCAUACAGCCAGUGCAGGUGACGUCUCAGCCAACACAGGUGACCAAUGCACAGGUCACCGCUGCUCAGAUGGCGGCCCAGGCGACCUCGGCCACAACUACUGUCUCUCAGUCCAACAUAUCUUUAGCAGCACUCCAGACUGCAGGACUCUCUAUCAAUCCUGCUAUUAUCAAUGCUGCUUCCUUGGGUCAGCCCCAGUUUCUCAGUUCCCUCACCUCCACUCCCAUCAUCACCAGUGCCAUGUCCAACAUGGCUGGCAUCACCAGCCAGAUCAUCACAAAUGCCCAAGGACAGGUAAUAGGAACCCUCCCGCUGUUUGUGAACCCAGCCUCUCUGGGUCAGGGUCUCCAGGUCCAGACUGUCACCCCACAGCUGCUUCUCAACACCCAGGGCCAGAUCAUUGCCACAGUAGGGAAUGGACCUGCAGCGGUUGCAACCUCUGCUGCAGUUCUGCCCAAAGCUGCUGCUCCUCCAACACUUUCAAAACCUAGCACUCAGCCUUUGGUAACAACUGCCACUCAGUCACCAGUUGUCAUCGCCCCACAGCCGUCUGUACUGAAGACCACCACCACGCUCUCCUCCACAGUACCCAUCACCUGUGGAGACAUAGCAAAAGUGGGCCAGCUUGUCAGCAAACCCCAGCAGGUAGUCAGCAGCGAGGAAGGCAUUAAUCUGGAGGAAAUUCGAGAGUUCGCCAAGAAUUUCAAGAUCCGCCGGCUCUCCUUGGGACUUACUCAGACACAAGUAGGGCAGGCCCUUACAGCAACUGAGGGUCCGGCCUACAGCCAGUCUGCCAUUUGCAGGUUUGAAAAGCUGGAUAUCACCCCGAAGAGUGCUCAGAAGCUGAAGCCGGUGUUGGAGAAGUGGCUGGCUGAAGCGGAGCACUGGAACCAAAAAGGCCAGCAGAAUCUGAUGGAGUUUGUUGGUGGUGAACCAUCCAAAAAACGCAAGCGACGUACUAGUUUCACACCGCAGGCAAUAGAAGUUCUUAACUCCUACUUUGAGAAGAAUGCGUUGCCAACAGGCCAAGAGAUUACAGAAAUUGCCAGAGAGCUAAACUAUGACCGAGAGGUUGUGCGAGUAUGGUUCUGCAACCGGCGACAGACAUUGAAAAACACAAGCAAAAUCAAUGUCUUCCAGGUUCAGUAGCGACCUUGUUGUGGGAGGGUUCGCCACUGAUCUUUUGUCGUUUUGGGAAGUUGAACAUUUAAUACAGCAGCACAGAUUCAAAUUAUGUUACAAUACAAUACUACAAGCUAAACUCCAAUAAUAUGGUUGAAAGAAUAUGAACUUUUUGAGAAAAUGAAGGAAAAGUGUUAGUAAAAAUGAACUAUUGUAUUUUAAGGCUGUAUAUGUGUACACUCAUGUGUGGUGGGUACUAAGUCAAACUGCAUGGUCCUCUUAUCAUACUCAGAUGAUAAUAAUACAGUGACGAUAACAACUAAAAAUAUUUGAUGAACUUUUAUACAAGUGGUUUUAUAGGAUAUCCCUCUGAAUUAUAUUAAGUGACAGUGCAUUGAGUCACAUUGAUUUUAGUCACAAAAUUGUCACUUUGGCACAAUGGCUGACAUAACGCUGAUGUUUGAAUAACAUGCUUUUGCCACCUUGGAUGUUUUUAAGAUUCUAGCUGCUCAUUUAUUUUGUAUUCAUGUAGUAUUUGUACCGCGUGAGCAGCUUUGCAAACAUAAGUAAGAUACUGACAGAUAUAAGAUUCUGAAGACUGAAAGAAGUAAAUAGCCUAGUAGCCUAUUUUCAUCAGAAGAUCACUUGUUGUCAAAGGAACGCCAAAAAAUACGUUGCUAUCUAUGGACUCCUGACUGAAACUGUUUUUGGGACAAUCAUCAUUUUGACAUAUCUUAUUGGUAAUCACAAAGAUGAUCUUAAAAUCUUGAGUAAUUUCCUCUUGUUUGGCUUUGAUACUUUAUUUCAGCGGUGUGAAAUGUGUCACACUGUUUGGUGUCCAUAGAGAGGGUAAUUUCUGAGUUCCACGGACGACAGGUUCUUAUCAAAAUAAAGUUGCAACUUCGGCUAUUGUCUGCGAUGCCACAACUGUAAACUUAAUUUAGUUUUUUUUUUUUAUAACGUUUUUUCAUUUGUGAGUUACUGGUCAUGCAAAUACACAUAUUGUAUGUGUGGGUGACACGUAUGUGUGAAAACACCACAGUCCUGUUUUUACACUUUCUGUUUAAUGUGCUUAUAAUACUCUGAGAGUAUUUUGUAUUUCCUCUUUAUUCACUGUUGUGACUAUUCCCUUAAUGACUUGACAAUGUUUCUGCUGCAUUUUUCAUCAACUUAGAUAAAGUUUGCAAAAUAGGAUCUUAAUUGGCCUAUUAUGAAGUCAACAUAAAAUAGUCUCAUGUUGCCUAGGAACAUUAGCAGGAGAUUUUUUGAUACUUUUACUAAGCCUAAUAUCAAUCAAAUUGAUUUACUUAUUUAAAAAAUCUAUUAACUGUUCAGCCAAGAAAGGGGAUUUUGUGAUUUAAUGUGUUGUGACUUUCAAUCUGAAUGACUAAGAAGAGUGUUUGCAUGUUCAGUAUUUUUAUGUAGGAACAAAACUAUGGCGGUCUUCUUUAUUUUUGCCAAUUUAAGAUUUACUUUCAUUCUUCAAGAGGUCUUUGCACUUUAGUGACAGCAGGGAAAGUAAAGCGGUUACGAACGGUUUAUGUACAGUGCAAGGUUUCAGUGAUGUAUGUGAGAGAAUUUAAUUUCUGCAUUUAAUGUUCUUGAACAGCAAAAGGCUUUGCUUUACGAAAUGUAGCAGUACUGGCAAAAUUGCAGUCAUCAACUUGACAAGCAACAUCACUAAGAUUAAUGUACUUUUUACGCAGAUAAAAUGUAAAAUACUGCAGAUUAAAUAUAAACUCUAGUAUGCAUUUAUCACAUUCUUUGAGUUUGUGAAUUAUAUAAUGCAUUUUAUGGUCCACCUCAUAUUUGCCUUUUGAAUAACAGUAGGCUUAUAUUGCAGUGGACUUACCUAACCAUAAAAAUAAUGAAUAUUGCAAAGUUUUUGCUUUAACUAUGUUUACCUUCAUGUUCAAUAUUGGAAGACAGUAUAUAAUAUUGUUUAAUGUACUAAGUUAUCAGUAGAGAAAAGGAAGAGCUACAUUAUAAGAUAUCAGCUGUUACUCAUUUGACUCUGCAAAGCAGAUAAAAAGUUCAGGUUACUGUGAGAUAAGGAAAAAACAAAGGUUGGAGACUUUUUGUCAUUUUUUGUCAGAUAAAUCAAAUAAAUCAUGUCUUUAUUAAUCACU